AUUAUCGCUGACUUUUUGUUCUUGGCUAUAACUACCACAACUCCUUGUUAUAUCGCAUUUACCGUAUAUCCUUCCAUUUUGUGCUUUAUUUCCUGCAAGUGAUGACGUGCCGACCAUCGCAUCACGGCAUCACGGCACUUCACAUCACGUGCAUCUGAUUUUGGCUCCGUCAAAUUUUUGACUUGACUUGGACUUGGACUUUGCUUUGCCUUACUUGUGUAUGCGUCCGUUCGAUCUCUGCUUUUUGGCUCCGUCAUUUUCGAUAUCAAAACUCUGCUUUCAGUUGGUAUUCAGCAUCCGUGUCCACCAUGGUCCGCCAAUUCAAACACCACGAACAAAAACUACUCAAAAAAGUCGACUUUCUCAACUGGAAACAAGAUGCCAACCUCCGCGAAAUCCGCAUAAUGCGUCGAUACCACAUCCAAGACAGAGAAGACUACCAUAAAUACAACAAACUCUGCGGAUCCCUCAAAUCAUACGCACAUCGUCUCUCUCUCCUCCCUUCCCCUGAUAACUCCUUCCGAUCUCGCAUGGAAUCAGCUCUCUUAGGAAAACUAUACGAUAUCGGCGUACUCAACUCCUCUUCGAAGUUAUCUGACGUCGAGAAGAGUCUGACAGUCUCAGCGUUCUGUAGAAGGAGAUUACCUGUUGUAAUGGUUAGGUUAAGGAUGUGUGAGAGUGUUAGUGCCGCUGUGAAGUUUGUCGAACAGGGACAUGUAAGAGUUGGUCCUGAUACGAUUAUCGAUCCGGCUUUUAUUGUGACGAGACAUAUGGAGGAUUUCGUUACGUGGGUUGAUACGUCCAAGUUGAAGAGGACUGUUAUGCGGUAUAAUGAUGAGCUCGACGACUUUGACCUUUUAUAGUCUUGUCUUGUCUCUACCAUCAGUCUUCCAGCACUCCAGCACUUCAGGUCCUUGUCCCCUCACUAUCAACAACGAUCCAACGAUCCAGUUACUCUCGACAGAACACACACACAUGUCACUUCACCUUAUUCAUUUCUAUCUCUGCCUGCCCUGAUUCUUAGAUUAGCUUGCAGGGAAUCCACCCCCUUUUUUUCCGGCUCUUUUAACAUCUUUC